AUGGCAGGCCAACGUUCUAAGGAGCACUUCAAAUUCCCUACAUUCUUCGCUUUAUGGAUGUGCCCUGAUCAAAGACUCUACGACGCUGUAGAAUUCGCGGUACGAAGAUAUAGCUCCGUUGAUGACAUUAACAACGCAAUUCGAGAACAAAUUGUUGGGUACCGUGACCAGAUCUGGUCAACGAAUACACUGGUUUAUACUCGUGCCACGGCUGAUAUGAUCCCACUGAAGGGCACGAAAAGUCGUAACGUCUGCUUUGUGACUGUUUUUGCUGAGAAUAUUAUCGUUUUUGUCACAUCGGUGGCACCUUUCCUUUGA